AACUGCGUCGUUUUCUUCAAAUUCUGAAGGCUGCCGCCGGUGUGGGCACAUAGUCGGCAAUCAAAUUUUGUUGUCGGUUUGAUUUCUAAUUUCCAGCCAGAUUGUAAUUGUUAUUGAAGUAGCAAAUAGAGAUUGAAAUCAUUGAAAAUUUGAUAAAAAAAUUGUAAUUUCUGAUAUUCUAUCGCGAUGGGCAUUCAUUAUAAGUUCAUGAGUGCAAAAGAUUACAAUUCAAUUCCAUUAGGUAAUGCUUUUAUCUCUGUUCUUUUGUUGAAAAGGAAAAUUGUUGAAUUGAAUUAUAAAUCAAAAAAUAAAUCUGAUUCUAAUGGCUUGUGUUUGGGCACUGAUUUUGAUCUCUUAUUAAUUAAUGCUAAAACUAAUGAAGAAUAUACUGAUGAUUCAAUGUUAAUUCCUAAUAAUUCCACUGUCUUGAUUCGCCGUCUUCCUGGAACUCGGCAUCGUAAGCCUAUUGACGCUUCACCUAUUCUUUUUGUUGAAAAACAGCAGCCAAAACGUGCCUGUGAUAAGAAAACUGCUUCUGCUUCUUCUGGUACUUCUAGUGCUGGCUCUGCAAGUAUUAUUACUGAUAAUACUGGUUCUGCUAGUACUAGUAGUAUUGGUUCAGGCAUUAAUGAUUCUGGUUCUAGUAGUAAUAUUGGUUUGUAUAGGAGUAUGAAUGUCUCUGUCACUGCUGCUGCUACCAAUUCUAGUUCUGGUUUUGUUUCUCGAAUGACAAAAUCUACUCAGGACUCUAGAUUAUUUGAUAAUGGUUUGUGUCCGAUACCUGGUAUGGGGUCUAGCACGAAUCUGGGUGAAUUGGAUGAUGAGGAUAGAAAGAUUAAAAUUCUAGUCAAUACUCCGGCAUUGCCCGGUUUGGGACUUGGGAGCGAAAGUGUUGGGGUUGGCAGAGUUGUCCGAAGAAUGGGUGGUUAUGGUUUUUGUGGUAGAUUGGAGAAGAAAACACCUCCUGAAGGCUAUGUAUGUCGCAGGUGUAGAUUUCCAGGGCAUUUUAUUCAGCACUGCCCUACUAAUGGUGAUCCAGAUUAUGAUUUUAAAAGAAUGAGGCCUCCUAGUGGUAUUUCCAAGUCGAUGCUGAUGGCAAAUCCAGAUGGCCGUUCUGAAUUGUUGAGUGUUGCUGCUGCUUGUACUGGUGUUUUGCAGACAAAUGAGAAAGAAAUGGAAUGCUCAAGUUUGAAGAGAGCACGGCUUUUUACUGAUAUUCCGGAAGAACUUCUCUGUCCUCUGUGUAAGCAAGUAAUGAAAUAUGCUGUUCUAACAAGUAAAUGUUGUUUCAAGAGCUUUUGUGAUAAAUGUAUUAGGGAUCAUCUACUUCUUUCUAAGCUGAACUGUGUUUGUGGAGCAACAGAAAUGCUUACAGAUUAUCUUAUUCCGAAUAUAACUGUUCGGAAUACCAUUAAUCGCUUUUUAGAGUCUGGUUCUGGUAGUAGCAGUAGCCGUGAAAGUGCUAAAAGCAAUUCUGUUCAAAUUGAGAACAAGCAAUCAGCUUAUUGUUGUUCAACAAUUCUAUCUGCUGAAUCAUCUGAGAAAGAGCAAAGACAAUCCGACUCGACACAACAAUCUGCUAAGACAGCCGAUGAAGAAGUCCAGCAAAAGACAGUUUCUAAUGUGAUAGCAAAGAAGAAGAGAAAGAGGAAAGCUUCUGAAAAUGCAGAGGUUGUAAGCCAUAUGAUGCCAGAUGGCCCUUAUGCCUAUAAUCCAUAUUGGGAUGCUAUGCAAGCAAGAAUGGGAGGAUAUAUGGUUCCUUAUGGUGUUGGUGAUAUGACAUAUGGUGGUUGGUGA